CGCGCAGAGUGCACAUUAAAUAACACACAUCCAGCAAGAAUAUAGAAAUAGUGCGUGCGGUGAAUGUAAUUGACGAAAAGUUUACAUGCAAAUCAGUGCGCUUCGUGCUUUUAUGAAUUUAAACGUUGUGUUAUCUUCGUGCUCCCGUUUGCAUAGUAGGCCUCGCCUCUUUCAAACGAUUUCCGUCACCCGGCAGGACCGCUGAACGAUUGAGAACAAGUGCGCAAACCGACACACGUGGCUCACAGGGAACGGAGCCAGCCAGUGGGACUUCGACACCGCCAGCAUAGUUCGCCCGUCGGCAAGACUCCCCCGCAGGACACACAAACAACAGCCUGAAAGAUGAGUUCAUACGGUGCCAUUAGCGAGCACGGGGCCAAUCAGCAGUCGACGCAAAGUAUAGCCGACUAUCUGGCGCAGCUCUUGAAGGACCGCAAACAGUUGGCCGCCUUCCCGAACGUGUUCCUGCACGUCGAGCGGCUGCUGGACGAAGAGAUCUCAAAAGUGCGCGCCUCACUGUUUCACAUCAACGGUGUCACGAAGGAGCCGCUCCAGCUGCCGGACGCGGAUGGCGAGGCGGUCACCCUCAACGAGAAGGUGUACGUGCCUGUGAAGGAACAUCCGGACUUCAACUUUGUCGGCCGCAUCCUCGGUCCGCGCGGUAUGACCGCCAAGCAGCUCGAGCAGGAAACGGGCUGCAAGAUCAUGGUGCGGGGGAAGGGCUCGAUGCGCGAUAAGAAAAAAGAGGACGCCAACCGGGGCAAACCCAACUGGGAGCACCUGUCGGAUGAUCUGCACGUGCUGAUUACGGUCGAGGACACGGAAAAUCGGGCCUCGAUUAAGCUGAAGCGCGCGCUCGAGGAGGUCAAGAAGCUGCUCGUGCCGCACGCCGAGGGCGAGGACGAGCUGAAGAAGCGGCAGCUGAUGGAGCUGGCCAUCAUAAACGGCACGUACCGGGAUUCGAGCGCGAAGGCGGCCGCGGCCGAGUUCAACUUCGACGCCCAGCAGUACGCCGACGAUCGGUGGAAGCAGGCGGUGGCCGCGGCCGCCGACUCGCGGAUGCUCAAUCCGGCCCUGGCGGCGGCCAACUUGGCGGCGGCCACCAACCAGCUGGCGGGGCGCACGGCGGGCAACCCGCUCGGUGCACCGAUCAUCCUGUCGCCCCGCAUCUCGGUGCCGACGACGGCCGCGAGCCUGAUGGCCGGCUCCGGCCCGCCGCCAACGAUCGACCACACGACGGGGCUGAUCUACGCGUCGCCCUUCUCCGAGUACAACUACGCGUUGGCGGCCGCCGGGAACCCGCUGCUCGCCGAGUACGCGGAUCACAGCUCUCUUUCAAUGUUCCAGGUCCGGCAAUUCUGAACCGAAACGCGCCCUGGUACGCGCCCUUCUACCAUUCCGCACCAAUGCUGGCCCGCUGGAUACCUUGUGACCCAGCAGCAGCAGCAGCAGCAGCCACAGCCUGCGACCCAGCCCCAUUUCUACCAUCCGCCGCAGUACCACAGCCCGGCCCCACCGUACAGUGUGCUGGUCCAGCACCACCAUUGUCCUACCACCUUCCAGUACCAGCAACUUUUGCACCAGCAGCGCCAACCACAGCAUCUCCGGCACGUUCACCAGCCCCACCGGAACCGCUAAGGU